GCUUAUUUACCAACAUGUGCAUCAGAAUUUAAUGUUAUUGUUGAAGGUAUACGUGGUACAUCAUUUACAGGUGAUAUAGCUUUAGAUGAUUUUCGUUUUGAACAAUGUUAUGAAGAACCUCCAUUACCAACAUGUGCACAAGCUGUUGGAGAUCCAAAUCAAUUUAUGUGUCAAAGCAAACAUUGUAUACCACAAGCAAAUAAAUGUGAUUAUGAAUUAGAUUGUUGUGAUGGUAGUGAUGAAGAAAAUAUUGCAUGUUAUGACUAUCAAAGAUGUGAUUUUGAAACAGAUUCCUGUUCAUGGGAACCAUCAUCUGGUAGCGAAAUAGAAUGGGAAAGAUAUCGUGUUACUGCAAUGCCAUAUAGUCGACGACCACCAUAUGAUCAUACAACACGUAGUCAACUUGGUCACUAUUUACAAUUACGUUUGAAUUCAACAACACAAAGAGAUACAUUAGCAACCGUAUCAAAUUAUCUCGGAGUAGCAGCACAACAAGGAUGUAUAAUGCGUUUUUGGAUUUAUUUUAAAUCUUCUAAUAAUGGACAAUUAGUUGUUGGUUAUCGAUAUGCUAUUGGAGAUGAUAUAAGACCUUUAUCAUUUUCAAGUUAUCAAUCAUGUCAAACAAAUGCAACACAAUGUUCAUGGCAACGUAUCGAUGUUUUACUAAGUAGUAUUUUAACGCAACCAACUGAAAUUAUGAUUGGUGUAAGGACUGGUGCUGAUCGUGAUGGAAUUAUGGCAAUAGAUGAUGUAACAUAUACACCACAAUGUGUUAAAUAUAAUGGAACAAUACCAACACGACCUACAACAACAACUUCAACACCAACACCAUAUACAGGUCCACCAACAACAACUUCUACAUCAACACCAUACACUGGUCCACCAACAACUACAACAACAACACCGAUGGGAAUGACUACAACACAAGGUAUAGCAACGACAACUAGUACCGGUAGAAUGACUACAACUAAAGAUGCAGGUGAAAAACCACCAACGAAGAGUAAUUUGGGUCCUAUUUUGGGUGGAAUAUUUGGUGGAAUUGCUCUCAUUGCUUUAAUUAUUAUUGGAUAUAUUUACUGUUUACCAAAAAUACGUGCAGCUAGAGAUACAAAUGCAAGUGAUCGAUUACUUGCUUCAUUACCUAUUGGACCAAUUACUAAUCCUGCUUACAGUGAAACUGCAACAUCUGAUGCAUAA